CGUGCUGGAGACGCUGUGCGUCCAGGGCAAUGUGCUCAAGCUUCGUGUCCGGCUCGUCAGCCAGAGCCUCCGGUGCGUGCAGACCGUCGGGUCCUUCAUCGAAGAGAUCUUCGUGUUGGACGCCCCACGCCUUAGAGCGGUUCAUCCAUUCGGAGGCCUGGAAUCCUGCUGGCAACUGCACCACCACGGUGAAGAUCGGCCAUGCCCCCAAGCUGCACUUGUUGGGAUACUUGGCGUUGGACCCACGAAAGCAUGUCUUAGACGUCGGCAACACCAUCAUCAAGGCUGGGACAAGGAUGAGCCCAAGCACCAUGCUACCAGUUGUGAAAAUCCUGGCUUUGAAGGUGCGUUUCGCAGUCCGCAAUGAUGUCAAGAUGAUCCCCAAUGUCCUCAGAUGCUUUCCAAAUGUUGAGACGCUCCACAUCAUGUCUGGAAAAACUGAUCAAUCCACUGGCAAGGCCAACCUGAAGUUCUGGCCCGAGUCUGGUACCAUAGAAUGCAUAGAGUCGCGCAUCAAGCUGCUGGUUUUCCAUGGUUUCCAAGGGGAUCGAAGCGAGCUCGCCUUCCUCAAGUUCUUCUUCGAGAGCGCCUUGGUGCUGGAGGAGGUGGUGGUUGGUUCUGUUGGCCGCUGAUCCGACAGAUGAGAUGAUACGCAAGGCGGUGUUUCUGAAGUACAUGGAACGGGCCAGUGAAGCCUCCAUACUGUCGGUCGGCCGUUCUGGUCCUCAAGGCUUCGCUCAGAGCGCCAGGAGAGGAUCUGAUUUCUCCCUCGGCGACCCUUUUGCCAACUAUUGCCGCAGCGACUUGUAUCGUAUGUCAUCACCCUGCCCCUUGUACCUGUGCUAGCCUGAUUAGCUUCAGCGUCGAAGUUGGCAGUGUCAUUGUUGCAGCCGUUGUUCUACUGGUUGGCAAUUACGGACCACCGUGUAUGUGUUUCAUGCGAUUCCGUUAGCUAGGCUGUGAUCUUGAUGACAGCCGUGUUGCAUUGCACGGCUUUGGCUAAAAAUAUGUUUAUUGCGAUUGUGACAAUGGUGUUGCAUUUGCACGGUUUUGGCUAAGAAAUGUUUGUUAUGACA